AGGAAGUGAAAGGCGGAAGACGCUCAUUGAAACAUCAUCACGCCUCAAGUGAAUCGAUGACAAAUUAAAGAAAUUUAACACGCGCGCUUCAUUAUGAGGAUUUAUUUGUGACUUUACACUAAAUAUCUGAAGACGAUGGAGUGAAAGGCGCUUGAAAUAUGAAGACAACACACCGGAUAUGUUAUAAAUGAUGUCGCUGUGUGGAUUUAACGUGACGUGCGUGUAUCAGAAGUGAUUGACAGCUCUUCACAGUUCCUACGGUUCAGCUCUGAUCUCUGUAUCAGCAUGUUCACGUUGAGUAUUGUCUCGUGUUUUCACUGAAGCUGUGAACUGUCAUUAAUGCUGUUAAAAAAAUGUUUCCUAAGACCUCGUUUACGAGUCUGAUAGUGGGGGUCUUCCUCCUGUAUGUACUGCACACAUGUUGGGUCAUGUAUGGGAUAGUUUACACGAAACCCUGCGACCAUCCGAAUGGUGACGGCUGUAUUUCACCUUACCUGGCUGGAAAACCUCGACUGCAGCUGAGCAUCUACACAGCGUUGAAAGCGAACGCUGACGGGGGACACAGUCUGAUCCACAGAGAAGAAGAUUUUGAUGUAAAUAGCAGGUUUGAGAGGUUAGUAAAUGUGUCUUUGCCCAAGAAGACACGGAAGAACGGGACGCUGUACGCCAUGGUGUUCCUGCACCAGGCGGGGAUGAACCCGUGGCAGGAUCCGCACCAGGUGCAUUUAGUCACACAGCUGACCACAUACAUGCUGCCCAAACCUCCAGAGAUCAGUCUGAUCACGGGUCAGGACGAACCGCAGAAACCAGAGCAGCAAAAACCAGGUGCCCACUCCGAGCCGGACCGCCCCGUUUCUCACUGGCGUUCUCGUCUGACCCUGAACGUUGUGUCUGAGAACUUUCUGUUUGACCGAGAGGCUCUGCCUGGAGACGUGCAUCGCUACAUGAGAGUAUACCAGAGUGGGAAAAAGAUGAUUUACCUGCCACUGCUGUUUGUGGAUGAACUCAGCAACAGAGUGAAGGAUUUAACAGAGAUCAACAGCAGUAUGUCUGAACUGCCUCUGAUCAUCUCAUAUGAUUCCAUCGCUCUGGGGAAACUACGUUUCUGGAUUCACAUGCAGGACGCCGUUUACUCACUGCAGCAGUUCGGCUUCACUGAGAAAGAUGCUGAUGAAAUCAAGGGAAUAUUUGUGGACACAAAUCUAUACUUUCUUGCUCUCACCUUUUUUGUGGCAGCUUUCCAUCUUCUGUUUGACUUUCUGGCCUUCAAGAACGACAUCAGUUUCUGGAAACACAAGAAGAGUAUGGUUGGCAUGUCCAGUAAAGCAGUGUUGUGGAGAUGUUUCAGCACUAUUGUCAUCUUCCUCUAUCUGCUGGACGAGCAAACCAGUCUGCUGGUUCUGGUCCCGGCUGGAAUUGGUUCUUUGAUUGAGGUGUGGAAGGUGAAAAAGGCUUUUAAAGUACACGUCAUAUGGAGGGGCUUUACUCCCACAGUCCUGUUUGGGAAAUCUGAUGAGUAUGAGAAGAGAACGGAGGAAUAUGACACACUGGCGAUGAAGUAUCUGUCAUAUGUGCUGUAUCCUCUCUGUCUUGGUGGGGCCGGAUACGCCCUGGUGUUUGUGAAAUAUAAAAGUUGGUACUCUUGGCUUAUUAACAGUUUAGUCAAUGGAGUUUACGCCUUUGGAUUCCUCUUUAUGUUGCCACAACUCUUUGUAAAUUACAAGCUGAAGUCUGUGGCUCAUCUACCCUGGAAAGCUUUUAUGUACAAGGCUUUUAAUACGUUCAUCGAUGACAUCUUUGCUUUCAUCAUCACCAUGCCAACGUCACAUCGAUUGGCCUGUUUCAGGGAUGACGUGGUGUUUCUCGUUUACCUCUAUCAAAGAUGGCUGUAUCCGGUGGACAAAACCAGAGUAAAUGAAUACGGAUUGUCUUACGAUGAAAAAGAGAAAGGAAAAUCUCAUCGAGAUUAACAUCAUCACAACAGAGCGGCACAACGUUAUCAUGGAACCAGCUGCCGCAUUCCAAAACGCUGCAGAGACUAGACAAUACUAGUUUUAUUUAGAUUGACCUCUCUAUUGAUCAACGUUCAUGAUGCAUGUGUGCUCUGAAAUGACCAAUGUUUUACGGUCGACGUGCCUGAGACACAUACGAACCGUCCAGCGCUGUGUAAGCUGUUACUGUAUGAUUUGAUGUGUUAUAGGAUAAGAAGGAAAUUUAUGAGAAGAUAAGUUUAAUUUUACAUAAUGUAUUUUGAUGGGACUGUUAAUUCAGUCUCAUAGUAUUUGGAAAUUAAGACCAUAUCACAAGGGUGCCAAAAGACCACAGUUUCAGAUUCAUGAUCUUAAUUUGAAUAACAUGACUGGUGUUUGUGUGUUCAGAGAGACUGAUGCGUUAUGUUUGAUUUUGUGUUCCUUAUUCCAUGAAAAGUGUUUCUGUGAUUUAACAGCAUAAUUACAGACACUUUAUUAAACAGUUUAAGAUA